GCUCCUAGCCAAGAUAUUGGCCUUUCUGUGCUCAUCCAGGCUUGUUUUGGGCCACCAGAGGCCGAAGUGUGUUCCCUGUGCAUUCUGAGUGUUGCCUGCAUGCCUGUACUGUCUGGGCCAUGUUCACAGAUUCAAGAUUCUUGGGGGCUUACUGUAUUGCUUCAGCAUGAACUCCUAGCAGGGAUGCACUCUGUCUUCACCUGGCUGCAACCCAGUUCUUUCUUCUUCUUCUACCCUAACAACACUCCAGUUCUACUUACUAAGAAUCCUCAAGGACCCUCUGUCCCUCCUGCCAAUAUUCACACUCCUGCCUUCUGCCUGCUCCUUCACCCUAAAUGCAGUUAGGCUGAAAAGACCUAUUAAAACCUGCUCCAUCUAACCUGGAAGGCCAUUGCUGCCAUGGCAUUCUUGUAGAUUGGGAGGCUUUAGGAAGAAACAGAAACCCCAUUUCUUCCUUUGUGCCCCCUAGUGGCGUUCUUUCCCUUUGUGUUAUGCCCACAAAAAGAAAUUUCUUGUCUAAACUCUUCUGCUGUCUGCCUAGGAAACAAAAUUGAGGAUUUGGGUAGCUUGAGUCCCUCUGUCCCUGAGCUAGCUCCUGGAUAUAUGUUCAAAUGCUUGAGUCCACUGGGCUUAGGCAGGUGCCUCUGGCAAGGUGGGGGCCUGAGAAUGAGACCUGGGACCUGUCUGCCAAGUGACACAGCCCAAAGCAUAUCCCUGUCCUUUCUCCCAAGUACCCCUUUCCGAGAGUCAUGCUCAGCAUGAUGAGAGAUCAACCUUGGUGGGGGGUGGGGCCAAGUGAGGGUUCUCAUUUGUGCCUUUUAAGAGACUGAGGUCUUCCAUUACCACAGGCCAACUGUUGAAUGAUGCAGGCUGCUCUUCAUGAGAAAAUCCUGCUUCCCUCUGGUUCUUCCUUGCAUUGUCCCUGGGGAUUAUUAUGAAACAGUACUGCAAUGUGUUUUGGAUCUGGACAAUUGGACAUGUGUAUGGCUUAACAGUUAUUUGGAGGAAGUUCAGCCACUUUUUGGUGGCCACCCUCUGCUCUCACCCAUGAGUUCUUGUAGGUGGUGUCUUUACCCACAGGGUCACUUAUUUAGCCCCAUUCAGCAUCUUCUAAAAGGGUGAUAACCGAAGUCCUGUGUUCAGGGAGCAAGGGUCCUCAGUGUGUUUGUCAGUGAAGAGGACCCUGGGGUAGCAGGGAUCAUGCUUCAGUCAUGGCUGUGUCCCCAGCACAGGGGCUGUUAGGCAGCAAGAUCAAUAAAUACUUGUGAAAUGCAUGACUGUGUUGGCUGCCUAUGUCUGUCUGGUGGGAGAGCUGGGGACCCCUGUGUGAAGUAAGGCUACUGUGGUGCUGCCUGCCUGCCAGGCUGGCUCCACCCUCCUGUGACUUCUCCACCCUCCCCACCCCCCAUUUGACCUUACAUCCUUGAGGUCCUGAAUGUGUGAUUCAGCCCUUUCAGCUCUUUCCAGAACUUUGACCCUUUGGAGGCAGUUCUGGAGGGGGAGGUCUAGCCCCCAGCUGUGGUUCUGCUUGACUCGCCCUGAAUAGCUAGCAGAAAGAGCCGGAGGCUAUUUCCUUGCAAUCUGGAGUCCCUGCACUCUCAGCGCUAAAUCCCAGCCUGCCCUGGGGGCUACCCGCCCCCUUUUGUGAUCCUCUGCGCGGGAGAGAGACCUGUCCGAGCAGGGGCCUGGACUACAUCUCCCGGCGUUCCUGGCUGAAUGGCGGCCUCUGUUCGCUGUCUGCACCAGUUGCAGGCGACGAUGCGGCCGGCAGUGAGCAUGGUGGCCCGUCUGGGCUUUCGCCUGCAGGAACUUUCCUCUGUCCUGGGUCGCCGGCUCAGUUGCGCACAGGAUGUGCUCCGCCGUACACCCCUCUAUGAUUUCCACCUGGCCCACGGUGGGAAAAUGGUGGAGUUCGCUGGUUGGAGUUUGCCAGUGCAGUACCGAGACAGUCACGUUGACUCGCACCUGCACACACGCCAGCACUGCUCGCUCUUUGACGUGUCUCACAUGCUGCAGACCAAGAUACUUGGUAGUGACCGGGUGAAGCUGAUGGAGAGUAUAGUGGUUGGAGACAUUGCGGAGCUAAAGCCAAACCAGGGGACACUGUCACUAUUUACCAAUGAGGCUGGAGGCAUCUUAGAUGACUUGAUUGUGACCAACACUUCCGAGGGGUACCUGUAUGUGGUGUCCAACGCUGGCUGCUGCGACAAGGACUUGGCCCUUAUGCAGAACAAGGUCAGGGAAUUUCAGAACACGGGCAGUGAUGUGGGCCUGGAGGUGGUGGAUAAUGCUCUGCUAGCCCUGCAAGGACCUACUGCGGCCCAGGUACUGCAGGCUGGCGUAGCAGAUGACCUGAGGAAACUGCCCUUCAUGACCAGUGCUGUGAUGGAAGUGUUUGGCGUGUCCGGCUGCCGUGUGACCCGCUGUGGCUACACAGGAGAGGAUGGUGUAGAGAUCUCGGUGCCAGCAGCAGGGGCAGUCCACCUGGCAGCAGCUCUGCUGGAAAACCCGGAGGUGAAGUUGGCAGGGCUGGCGGCCAGGGACAGCCUGCGCCUGGAGGCAGGCCUCUGCCUGUAUGGGAAGGACAUUGAUGAACGCACCACACCUGUGGAGGGCAGCCUCGGUUGGACAUUGGGGAAGCGCCGCCGAGCUGCUAUGGACUUCCCUGGAGCCAAAGUCAUUGUUCCCCAGCUGAAGAGCAAGGUGCAGCAGAGGCGUGUGGGGCUGAUGUGUGAGGGAGCUCCCAUGCGGGCGCACAGUCCCAUCCUGAGCACAGAGGGCACUGUGAUUGGUACCGUGACCAGUGGCUGCCCUUCACCCUGCCUGAAGAGGAACGUGGCCAUGGGUUACGUGCCCUAUGAGUAUAGUCGGCCAGGGACGCUGUUGCUGGUAGAGGUGCGGCGGAAGCAGCAGAUGGCUGUGGUUAGCAAGAUGCCCUUUGUACCCACAAACUACUACACUCUAAAGUGAGGAUGGCUCAGGGCAGGGCCCUCCCCCACAGGAGUCUUGCUCUGGAGGGCAUCCUACAAGGGGUUGUGAGGAAGCUGAGGCAGAACUCACUGGGGUGGGCAGCUAGAGUAGAAGCUGGCUAUUGAGGGGCCCAUACUACCUAUUCGUCCCACCCUACCCAUGCCACUCCAACUUUAGGACCCCAUUUCUGAGUGACUGACCAGCUCACCCAAUGUCCUAUUUCAGUCCACAGUCCCACUGACCCUACUCCUCCCUGCUGGGGGACAAUGAGACGCACUGGUUCUGCCAUCUUUCCCACUCUGCUAGGUACUGAUUGUGAAGCGAAGUUUCACUUUUGUGGGGAGGAUAAAACCUGCCCAACUUACCUCACCAUGGUUUUUCACAUUGCAAGGGUUAUUACCAUGGGCAGUGUGGGUUUAGGCUACCCCCACCAGUUUGCCUUCCAUGAAUGCAAACUCCUGCCUCUCCCUGGGCAGGAAUGAUUUCUGACUCACUGAGGGUUGGCCCAGUAGGGUUGCUGUGCCUGUGUGUAAACUUGGGGAUGGCUGAGGGAACAUGGACUCACCUUUCCACAUUCCCAAGUAGGCCUAGCCUGCUGCUCACCACCUAUUCUGAGCCCCAGGGCUGCUGUAGGGCAGGCUGGGCCUCCUCCUGGACUUGCCUUACCCUGGGCUGACCUUCACCCCUGGGACCCAUUACUGGACUGGAGUCCUUGAAAAAUAUUAAAUGAACUUCCUUCUUGUUUGCCAUA